AUGGUGGCGCAGGUUGCUCAGGAUGUGCCUAGACUUUUGGAAGUACAGAGAAUUGAAUACAACAGGUUCCUCGCAAGUAUUAAUUCCAACGAAGGACAACAUUUUUCUUGGAUGCUCCCGGCAGAACCGGAAAAAACUUUUCUCAUGAACCUCCUACUAGCCAAAAUUCGUCAGGAAAAUGGGAUUGCCAUAGCGGUUGCAUCCAGCGGCAUCGCAGCAACUCUACUUCAUGACGGUCGUACGGCACACUCAGCAUUCAAAUUACCACUAGACUUGACCAAACAGGGAAAUCCAACUUGCAAUGUUAGUCGCGGCUCACCCAUGGGGAAUCUUCUCACUGAGUGCAGCCUUAUCAUUUGGGAUGAGGAAGCCAUGUGUUAUAAGGCAGUAUUUGAGGCGCUCGAGCGGUUUCUUCAAGACCUGAGACGGAAUAUGAGAGUGAUGGGUGGAGUGAUUGUUCUGCUUGCUGGCAACUUCCGACAAACUCUACCUGUCAUUCCACGGCGGACAAGAGCUGACGAGGUAAAUGCUUCCAUAAAAUCAUCCUACUUAUGGCACCACAACGAGAAACUUCACCUGACUACGAACAUGAGAGUUCAAAUGUUUGGCGACGAAAAUGCGGCCACAUUCUCGGCGCAGCUUCUCGAUGUUAGUAAUGGAACUGUAGCUGGCGAUACUGAUGGUUUCAUCCAUUUACCAUUUAGUAACUUCGUGCCUAACGUAGAUGAUUUGAUUUCUGCAGUUUUUCCUGACAUUGCAAGCCAAAUCCUUCACAAAACUUGCCUACAAGGAAUAGCAAUUUUGGCGCCUCACAAUAAAACAGUCGACGCUAUCAAUAAUAAAGUUUUUGAUCUGCUUCCUGGAGAAAAACUCUCUUUCAAGUCCAUUGACACGCAUGAAAACCCGGAGGAUAUAUCCGUUUUCACAACGGAAUUUCUUAAUUCCCAAACGCCCACAGGACUUCCAUCUCAGGAACUCCAUCUCAAGGGAAGACGUUCGAGGAAAAUGACCGGUUCUGUGAUUCGCGAAGUAUUGAAGUUUUCUCGACAACAAUGCACCUAUCACCUCACUCGUGAGUUUCUUGCCAAAAACAACAUGCUAUUGCCUCUGCACCUGCUCUAUUAUCCAGAUUUACCACCUGCUGACUUGCAUCUGUUCCUCAAGAUGAAAAAUCAGCUCAGGGGUCGAGAUCAAGAGCGAAUUUAA